UGUAAGUUUGUGGACGUGUCAUUCCGAAUUUCUACUGAUUUGUGGAUUUAACUUUGGUGAUGAAAAGGCCGGAUUAUAAUUUUGACAAAAAAUAAAUUAAAGAAUGGCGUUGAAUCUAGCUCAUGCCAACCUUCUCCUCAUCUCACUCAUCCUCCCGUGCUACUUUCUCUACGUUUUUAUCAUUGCGUGUGUUUCAAAACGGGAUCCUAGCCGGAAGUUUACUGUGGGCCUUUUUCAUCCCUAUUGCAAUGCAGGCGGUGGAGGAGAGAGAGUUCUUUGGGUAGCGUUAAAAAGUCUACAACAAAAAUAUCCAGAGUUUCAAUAUGUGGUUUACACUGGAGAUGUCUCAGUCACUGCGGAGCAAAUGAUAACCAACGCUAAAUCUCGAUUCAACAUUGAACUCGAUCCAGAAAACAUACAAUUUGUGUACCUAAAAAAGAGAAACUGGGUCGAAGCUGAAAAAUACCCGUCAUUUACGUUAAUUGGGCAGAGUCUUGGUUCCAUGCUUUUAGGAUUAGAAGCUAUUACUAGAGUACAUCCACCAGAUGUAGCCAUUGAUACUAUGGGAUAUGCAUUUACCCUCCCAAUUUUCAAAUACCUUGGAGGUUCCAAUGUUGGUUGUUACGUUCACUAUCCUACGAUAAGUACGGAUAUGCUUAAUAAGGUUUCUAGUGGAAUGGAGUCUUAUAAUAACCAAAACUUUGUUGCGAAAAGUUCUUUAUUGUCGUCAAUGAAAUUGGUAUAUUACAAAAUAUUUGCAAAAUUGUAUUCUUGGAUGGGACGAACUAGCGAUACGGUUAUGGUCAACUCUAGUUGGACUGAGAAUCACAUAAACCAACUAUGGCAAAUUCCUGCAAAGACUUUUAAAGUGUAUCCACCUUGUGACACUGAAGAGUUCAAGAAAAUUAUUCAACCAGAGGAUGACUCGAAAAAGAAUGGAUUUAGAAUUGUCUCAGUUGCACAAUUUCGACCAGAGAAGGACCAUCCAAUGCAACUUCGGGCAUUAAAUCAACUGCGAAAGAUAGUUACGGCAGAGGUUUGGAAUCAAAUAAAGCUUGUGUUAAUUGGAAGUGUAAGAAAUGAAGACGAUGAACGCAGAGUUAACGACUUGCGAAAGCUGAGCAAAGAACUUCAUAUCGACGACAAUGUCGAGUUUCAUUUAAAUGUCUCCUUUGAUGAAUUGAAGAAACAACUAGCUGAGGGACUGAUUGGCAUUCACACAAUGUGGAAUGAACAUUUUGGAAUUGGAAUUGUCGAGUCAAUGGCUGCUGGGUUAAUCAUGGUUGCUCAUAAAUCAGGCGGACCCUUGAUGGAUAUAGUGGCACAAAAAAAUUCAAAUUUAUUCUGCAAUGGGUUUCAUGCUGAAGAUGAGGAUGAGUAUGCUGAAGCAAUUAACAAAAUACUGAAAUUUACACCCAAACAGAGACAAGAGAUCAGACUUAAAGCAAGAAAAUCUGUAGAUAGAUUUUCAGAAACACAAUUUUCAAAUGGAUUCUUAAGAGUCAUUGAGCCCUUGUUAAAAUCAACAUGAACCGAAGUAAAAUACGGACUAGUUUUGUGAUAUUGACAUCAACCAAAUGAUUAAAAGCUUGCGGUUUCAUGUAAAUAUGUACAUGAUUAAGUGAA